AUGAAAACUGAAGUCCCCAUGUGUAAAAGAUGCUGUUUCUGUCUACCCUUGCGAAAAGGGUUGUUAGUAUGGGGAUACAUUAAACUGGUAGCUGAUUUAUACAUUCUCGCAAUGCUGGCCUACCUAUUGGUCAUAAUAAUUGCAUUCAAUGUAUUUGAAGUGGAAUUUGCUUGUCUGAUCAUUGCCAUUGCUAUAUUUUUGAUUGAUUUUGCAUUGACAAUAGUAUUCGUCGUUGGAGUACAUCAGAAAAUCGUAAAGUAUUUGAAAUUAUUCUACAUCUUAAGUAUAGUAAUGUUGGCAAUAACGCUGUUGUUGAUGAUUGCAUACAUUGGCCUGGUGGCAAGCUACCCUUGGUAUAGUUCAACUGCUGAAUUGUGGGAGUAUUACAUCAAGGUUUACUCUAGUUUCUUUCUUGUAUUAGUGGUCCAGAUCUACUUCAUAUUGUUAUUAAGAAGCGAAAUUAUCAAGCUGAAGAAUAGUCGCAAGUUUAGGUUCGUUAAUAAUACUGCUGAGGCUCUUUGCUCCAUGGAGUGUGAGGUUCCAGCUGCUGCAGGGGCAGCUGCAGGUGGCCAGUGA